AUGAGCCGGGUACCAGCUAAUCCGGUCGUUCAACCUGAACGGCGAAGUAUUCAACAGAAUAUGCAACCGACAGCACAACAGUUGCGGCAGCAACCACCGCCUCUUGUCGAGGGUCGAAAGCAAGGAGCUCCACAAAGUUCGCUUUACCAGCCAGUGAUGCCACAGCAGUACGGUGCACAACGCGCUCCUCAGGACCAUCAACAGACAACGCAGCCACCAACACAGAACUACUCUCCGCCACUUGCCCAACAGAACGUGCAGCAAUUCCGUCGGCAAUCCUCUACGAUUCCUCCCCAGGACGCAGUCCCAGGUGACACCCAGCGGAACAUAGCGUACGGUCGCUGCGUUGGCAGUCCCAUCAGCAAACCAAUGAUGGCUCGACUGAUUCCGCUACGUGAAGGAACACCGACCCUGUCUUCGCCACCACAACGCCGGAGCAAACCAUCAUCUCCGGUCGUGAUCGCUCCCCAACCGCCGCCCCAGGUCAGCAUGAGGACCAACGCCGGCAAGAAUGUCGUACGUAUGGCACUGGAGAACGAAAUUCUUCUGAAAGAUCGUGAGAAACACAAAAGACGAAGGAAGCCAAGGAGGACGAGGAUCGUCUUAGAAGUAUCGACGCCGAGUUCUGAAGGACCGCUGCCACCACUACCAGUACUUGCGCCAACAGCCCCACCACCAGAGGCGCCACCAGAGGCACCACCACCACCUCCACCUUCGUCUCCACCCCCGCCGCCUCCACUUCCGAUACCGGAGCCAAAACCUGAACCAAAAAAGCCGACCACUCCAACGGUGGAAGUAGAAAUCGAACCAGUGUCCGUCAAAACGUGCGCUAUAAUUGUCGCUGUGCUGUCUGUUGUGAUAGGGCUUGGCCUCACGUUCGCGUUUCAACCCGAGUUGCUUGGCAUUGAUUCUAACUCUGCUACGCCUUGA